ACUCCGCUGACCCGCAAUUACACACCAUCACAUAAAUCCGAUCUCUCUAUUAAGUUUUUGCAAAUGACACAACUGUAGUGGGUUUCAUUAACAACAGAGAUGAGACUAACUACAGGAGUGGGGUGAGUCACCUGGUCGGGUGAAUGUUGAGAAGACAGAGAUUGUUGUUGACUUCAGGAGAGUGCAGACUCAACAUGCUCCUCUGAUCAUCAAUGGUGCGACUGUGGAGAGAGUGACCAGUAUCAAGUUCCUGGGUUUCCACAUCACAGAGGGCCUCUCCUGAACUGACAAUACUGCAGCACUGGACAAGAAAGCACAGCAGCAUCUCUACUUCUUCCGCAAACUGAGAAGAGCCAGAGACAGAGCUCCAGCCCCCAUCAUGUGCACCUUCUACAGAGGCACCCUCGAAAGCAUUCUGACGAGCUGCAUCACUAUGUGGUAUGGUGCCUGUAACGCGUCCUGCCGCAAGUCACUUCAACGCAUAGUGUGAGCAGCUGAGAAGAUCAUUGAUGUCUCUAUCACCUCCAUCCAGGACAUUUAUGGAACCCGUCUCACCUGCAAAGCCCUCUGCAUUGGCCCCCUCCCUUCUUUUGCCAACCUCCCUCCAACACACAUACACACACACUUUCUUCAGAAUUGGUCUGCUCACUACCUCAUCCAACUACCUCUUCAAUCAGUUUAAAUAAAGAACUGCUCUAAGAGCUUUUAUUCACUUUAAUCAGACUGAAUAAGCUCUUUUCCACUACAGUCAUGUUAUGUUCAGUAGUUUUUGUGAAUACUGCUCAAGAGUAAUGGCACAGUAAUACUGAUGUAAUAAGGAUCACAGUCACGUUUUUCUUGAAUAAUUUACAACUGCUUUAAAAGUUGUUUAACAAAUCACAAUCAAGGACCAGUGAUAUAAAGAGUUAUUAUCAUUAUUUUAAUUAUUUUAAUUAUUAGUAUGUUAUAUUAUAUUAUUGAUGUAUUCUUCCUCAUGCAGCAUCAGAGAGGGCGGUAAAUGGGUUGGUCAGUCUGAUCCAGACACUGUAUAAAUGAAAGGAGAGUAAGGAGAGCAGAACAAACUCCUAACAGGAGACUCACUCAUGGCCUAUGAGACAGAGGAUCAUGGGACUCAAUACUGCUUUCCUGCCAUCAACUCAUCAUGUAUCAAGGGAAAACACUCCAGUCACGAAUACAAUAUCAUGUAUGUGAUUUUUUCAUUGCUGUCAGCGUGGACUGUGUUUCUAAACCUGCUGGUGAUCAUCUCCAUCUCUCACUUCAAGAAGCUUCACACUCCAACCAACCUGAUCAUUCUCUCUCUAGCUGUGGCUGACAUGCUUAUUGGACUAAUUGUCAUGCCCAUAGAGGCCAUAAACCUGAUUGAGACAUGUUGGUACUUUGGAGACACUUACUGUGGACUGUUUACAGUGAUCCUUGAAUUGCUUAUUUCUGUGUCUCUCAGUCAUUUAGUUUUAAUUGCAGUUGAUCGUUAUGUGGCUGUGUGUUACCCUUUAUUGUACCCACAGAAAAUAACAAUGACUAAAACUUUAUUGUCCAUCUGUCUCUGCUGGUUUUGCUUUUCAUCUUAUUUCACUUACUAUGCAAUUAAUAAUGGAUAUUUUAGCAUCUCACACAGAACAGACGUGUGUUACGGCAAUUGCUCUGUUAUAUUAACUUUUGCCUGGAGAGUCUCUGAUCUGAUUUUGUCCUUUAUGUCUCCUUGUAUCCUCAUCAUAACUUUAUAUUUGAGGAUUUUCUAUGUUGUACAUCAGCAAGUGAAAGUCAUAAACUCUCUGAUGAAGAGUGGUAAAUGUGUAACGGAAGGAUCAGUGAGGAGGAAAUCUGAGAGCAAAGCUGCUCUGACUUUAGGAAUCAUUGUCACAGUUUAUCUGCUUUGUUGGAUUCCGUACUAUAUCUGUUCUAUAUCAAUAAUCACUUCCACAACCAUAAAUGUUUUAACAUGGGUCUUGUAUAUUAACUCGGGUAUGAAUCCUAUGGUCUAUGCUUUAUUUUACCCCUGGUUUAAAAACACAGUUAAACUCAUCUUAUCUCUGAAAAUAUUUCAGCCAGCAUCCUCUCUGAUCAAUAUUUUAACAGAACAUCAAUUGUAAUUAAUCUGAUAAAGCCAUCAUUCUGAGAACAAAUUAAUAUAAAAUGCAAUUGUUAUAAAGUCCUAAAGUAGAUAAUUAUAAUAUAUUAUCCUUUUAAUUUACACUAAAUACAUUUUAAUAUUAUAUAGUUUGUUUCAUUGAGUAACAUUCCUUUAUAAUUAUACUCUGUUCAAAUGCAGAUUUUAUCAGAAUUUAACAAUUAAGCAAGCUUAUUUUAACAGCAGGUUUAAGUGGAAAAAAUGUUCAGUUGUGUUGCAUUAGCUUAUCAGGAAAAUUAAGUAAGAAUCACAUACCUCAAAUCUAAUGGAAUAAAUUAUUAUAAAGACAUAUCUUAUGUAUUUUA